AUGAUCAACGCUAUGUUUACGAGUUUAAACCUCGAUAGUAUCAAGUCUGGUGUGGACAUGGCUACUAACACCGAGAACUCCUUAAACGAAAAUCAACCAACAAAACACCAGUGUACGGGUUGUGAAUGUUCGAAGCUAUCACCAGACUUGGAGGGUUUGAAAUUAGACUUGGUUGUUUUGGAAUCGAAACUCAACCAUAAAAUCCAAGCCGUGGAAAACCAAAUAUUACGCAUGAACGAUUGCCGACCAAAAGAGUCGAAAAAUCAUGCAAAUCUCGAAAAUAUGUUGACAACCUCUACACCCAUUAGCAGCGGCGGCACGAACAAAACAAAAGAG